UGGACGGCGGCGUGCUGAUACUGGGCAGCAGCGUGCUGUCCCGCGUGCUGUCCAGCAGGAAGGUGGUAGUCACUAUGGGUGUGGUAGGGCCCGGCGUGCUGCGGCUGCGGCUGCUGCUGGGGGUUCUGGGGGCGCAACUGGUAAAAGGCAGGGUAAGGAGUCGGGCGCGACGCGGCGUCAUGGUGAGGGUAGGGACACGCGCGGAACUGGUGACCGUGCGAGCAGACGCUUCCUCCGCCGUGGUUACUUCCUUGGUGCACACUCUGGGGUCGCUGCUGAAGUUGCUGGUGCGGCUGCUGCGGAAGUUGCUGCUGGGGUUGCGGCAUGGGGGUGGUAGCAGGCGCGGAGGCAGGCACGGAGAAUGUAGAGGGUGUGGAGGGUGUGGAGGGUAUGGAGGACAGGUCUAAGCUUGAACUAGAAGACAUAGUCACGGCGGGAAGGAGGCUAUUUUUUAUAGCGUUAGUGGUGUACGAAUCGCCGACAUGUAGGUGAGAAGAAAUGAACAUGUGGGAUUAUUGUGAGGGAGGAUGGGGAGGAUAAUCACGCCGGACUUACUGGAUGAUAUUUUUUUUAACGAGAUAAAUUUCAGGCGGACGCGAAUCGCGCGAUAGAGAACUUUUCACGGGUCAGAUAUGUCGGCGAUGGCAUUAAAAUGUGUUGGUAGAUGAAGGUAAAGGGAUGGGAAAGGUGAAUAUUAUCGACGGGAAUAUGUUUUACUUACCAGUUUGCGAUUGUUAAUUUUUUUUCUCGACGAACGAACGAAGAAAGUUUGAGGACGGUUGUUGUUGAGAUGAGAAAAAAAGAAAUAAAAGUUUGAGACGGCAAAGUUGGUGAUAUAUAGAGUGGGGGAUCAGAAGGGACGGUAACGACGGUAGACAUCUGUAUGGUAACAACCACUAGACUACAGGGGGUCCAGGGACCUUUUGUCCUCCUGCCUACUACAAUUC